UAACGCGAUGUUGUACGUCACCGGAAGAUGGCGGUCACAAUGGCCGCCGAGAGACCGGCGAGAGCAUCCGUGCGGUCAAUGUUGUGAACCCCUAAUACGAUCCCGUGGCGCGCAGGCGCAACACGAUCUUCUUAGAGUAUCCAUUUUGAUCACAUAUAUCUGUAAAACAACUAUGGCUGACAUCGAGGAUACUCACUUUGAGACUGGAGACUCUGGAGCUUCAGUUACGUAUCCUAUGCAGUGCUCGGCACUGCGCAAAAAUGGUUUUGUCAUGUUAAAGUCACGUCCCUGCAAAAUUGUAGAAAUGUCGACUUCUAAAACUGGCAAGCAUGGUCACGCCAAGGUUCAUUUAGUAGGUAUCGACAUAUUUACCUCCAAGAAAUAUGAGGAUAUCUGUCCAUCCACACACAAUAUGGAUGUACCAUUUGUUAAGCGGGAAGAUUACCAGCUUACAGAUAUAUCUGACGAUGGCUAUCUUUGUCUGAUGGCUGAUAAUGGAGAACUGCGUGAAGAUCUCAAGAUACCUGAUGGCGACUUGGGAACACAGCUACGUGCUGAUUAUGAAUCUGGAAAAGAAUUACUUUGCACUGUACUCAAGGCAUGCGGUGAGGAGGUAGUAAUCGCCGUCAAAAACAACACCUCCCUCGACAAAUAAUUGUGUUCAGCCCGACAAUUACGACGACAAAAAACCCAAUAUACAUUCGAGCUAAAACCACCCGCUUAGCCAAUCAAUUGAUACCUUUACUAUUGGUCAAACAGGAUAAACAACAAUAAUAAUAAAUCUAUAGGAAGAUGAUGAAGAGAGUGGAAGAGUGAAAUAGAAAUGGAGAGAAAGAGAGAAUGAGCGAGAGAAAGAGAGAGAGAGAGAGAGAGA